CCGUGCCUGAAGGAAGAAUGCUUUUGGGUGGUGGGAACAUGGAGAAGAUGUGGUCUAUCCAGCUGUCCCUUGGAGUGCUAACCAUCUUGACCAUGACUGUGUAUGUCCCAUCUACACAUGGAGAGCCUUUUUUACUACAAGAGAACCGAGUGCUUCCGGAGAGAGGAGACUCAAAUCAUGAGGACACCCUGCUGACUCUCCUUCUUAAUAAGAAGCUUGCAUGGCAGAGACCAGAAAAUAUUGACUGGGAGCUGGCAAAGAAAUUUGAAGAGCUUGAACAGCUGGAGAAGUUGAAGGAUCAGCUCUCAACUGAGGAAGGGUCAGAGGUGGCCUAUGCCUUGGAAAGUCUCUCAGCAUCCCAGCCCAAAAAACGUGCCUGCUUUUGGAAAUACUGCAUCUGAAGGCUUGCCAGGACUGGAGGAUGAAGAUGAGCCCUUCCCCAAACUGCCUUGCUUGGUUAUGUGUUAAGGGUUUGUUCUGUUCUCUCAUCAUGCUGCUAAGUUGGAUGCCAUCCUCUAUGACCACACCACAGCCAAGUCUAACAGGGACCAUGACAGUAGUUGGUAGCCCACUACCACUCUCCACUGUUCCUUCCUUCCAGGUUUAACCUACUGUGAUCUGCCACUUGGAAGAUGCUUCCCAACUUUCCUUGCUGUCCUAUGUGUGCCAUUCAGUCUGCUGCCACUGUACACUCUUCCCCUUCUCACGAGGUCCCCUGAGGCACCAAACACUAACUCAGUUCCCCCGAGCUUGGGUCUCUGCCCACAUCUGCAGACAUUGCUCACAGAGGUGUCUGGGUUUCCUGUCGCCUCCUAUGAGCAGGUCUGUGAUGACCUAACACCCGCUGUUUGGACAGGAAGGCAGACUGAGUGUAACGUGAAGGGCUCAGGGCUGCCUGCCUCAGCUUGCUGAGCCAGAGCUGUUCCUUGUCGUGUCUCGUCAGCAUACACAGUAGGUUUGGGGGAGGACAGGCACAGAA